AUGUGCUUUGCUGAACUUGGGACAACUAUCACCAAAUCUGGUGCAAGUUAUAUAUACAUUAUGGAAAUAUUUGGUCGAUGUGCUGCAUUCAUUAAACUAUGGGCAUCACUACUUCUUAUUGAGCCUUCCUUGCAGGCUAUUACUGCCCUCACCUUUGCUAACUAUCUAGUGCAGCCCAUCUUUUCAAGCUGUGAUCCGCCAUUUUUAGCAGUUCAGCUGCUUGCGGCUGCUUCCAUCAGAAUUAUUAAACUCAUUCAAGAAAAGCACACUGACUUGAUUUCUGCUUUUGAUGGUUCUUCGUGGAAAGUCGACAGCAUUGUUGUGUCCCUAUAUUUCACAUUGUUCUCCUAUUCAGGCUGGGACAUUCUUAACUACAUGAUAAAAGAAAUUAAAAACCCGGGCAGGAAUCUCCCCCUUGCCAUUGUCAUUUCCUUGCCUCUGGUGACAAUCCUAUACGUUCUCACAAUUUUGGCUUUCUAUGCUGUGCUACAACCAAAUAUUAUCCUCAAAAGUGGGGCAGUGGCGGUGGCAUUUGCGGAAGAAAGCCUAGGAAUAAUGCGAUGGAUCAUCCCAACAGCAGUGGCCAUCACAUGUUUCGAGAACCUUAAUGCAGCCAUAAGAUUAACCUCAAGGAUGUACCUUGUUGGGGGCAGGGAAGGUCAGCUCCCUGCUCUCCUGACCUUGACCCAUAUAAAUCGGCUCACACCAAUUCCAGCCCUAAUCACAAAUGCUUCGAUAGCACUCGUUUACCUAUCUGUCGGUGAUGUGUUUAAGCUCAUUUUCUACUACAGCUUCAGUUACUGGUUCUUUGUGGGAGUGACUGUAUGUGCCCAGCUCUACCUACGUUGGCAGCAGCCAAACAAGGUCCGAACUCUCAAGCUAAAGUCACUAAAUUCACACAGUUACUCUUUUAUUGUGUUCAUGCUGACUUUGAGGACAACUGAGGAGCUGUCUGGUAAACCUGAAUCCAGAAAAUCAGUGACGAGGUAUUUUGAAGACACCUACACUAUGCCAGUGUAAUGACAUCAGGCUUAAGGACUUGAUUAGUUUGUGCCAAGUUUGUGAAUUACUGCAAUGCUCCGAUUUUCUGUUAGGACUAGAUAUAUUUGGUGUCAGCCUGGCUCGGUUGCCGCCGAGUCAGAAGAUUGUGGGCGAGUUCAAACCACACUCUGAGCUCACAUUCGCUUAAUGGGGGGUUGGAUGGGGGGUGCUGCAUUUGUGGAGGUGCCAUCUUUCCAAUUCCAAUGAGGUUUCAAACCAGUGACGUCUACUUGUUCAGGUGGACAUUAAAAAUCCCAACGGAGUAUCUCCCGGUGUCUUGGCCAACAAUCCCCCAAAUAAAAUUGGUCACUCACUUCACAGCUGUUGGUGGAACUAUGUGUAGAUUGGCUGCAGUAAAUGCUGUGAAGUGAUUUAUGAAAUCCUCUUGACUUCCUUGAUGCUAUAUCGAAUGAAAGGAUUAUGAUUGUUGGGAUUAUUAUUUGACAAGUGGUUUUGUGUGCAGUAUUUGUUAAGAAUGUUUUUUGAAUCAGAAAUCCAAGACUUACAAAUAGGGAUUCCUUCCAGUCACCUGUAAGUAUGUGAACCAACCCCUGGGUAUUCCAUUCUGUAUGGGACCAAUCUUCAGAGCAGAGAUCUUUGCAUCAACAGGAUUCCUUACAACAACAACUUGCAUUUAUAUAGCGCCCUUUACGAGGGGUAGCAUGUCAUUCCAAAAAACAAUCUAUUUUGAGAUUUACAAAACCCUUUUUCCUUACACCUUAUACUGUUGAGUGAUAUUACUCAGAACACUGUGUUGAAUAUAUAUAUCUAAACAAAAAGAUCAAAUAGUUGCUCUAGAUACUGUAUUGGGUCUUUCCACAGUCCUGGUGUGCACUCUUUCAACUGCAUACAGCAGCAACCAAGCAUUGUAUGCAUGGAGCGGGUUACAAAACUCACAGCUCCCCAUAAUGGCCUU